UGCCAGAUGCGAAGAGACUAUUCCAAAAUAGGCCUUUCCAUCUGGCAACCUCCAGAGUGCCCCUUUUUACGUGUGCUAUUUCGCAAUAUAAAGUGAGAAAAAGUUGUUUUUCGCGGAAAAAGUGGAGGAAAAUGGUGGUGGAUUCUACUGAUAACACUUCUGAGGGAGCUGCUGAGGCGCAGUCCAAGAAAGCGGCCAAGAAACAAGCUAAGGAUGCAGCGAAAGCUGCCAAGAAAGCGGAACAUCGAGCCGCAGCCGGCAAGUCUGAAGAUGUGCAGGAAGAAACUGAGGACUAUUCGGCUGGGAAGUAUGGACAGCCGGCGAUGAUUCAAUCUGUGGACAAAUUCCCGGAGAGAAUCUUCGUUCAAGUCUCUCAACUGUCUCAGUUUGUGGGUAGGGAUGCUGUUUGGGUGCGUGGAAGAGUCCACACGUCUCGGAGCAAGGGCAAACAGUGCUUCCUGAUCCUGAGACAGCAUAGCAGCACUGUUCAAUGUGUCAUUGCGGUCAAUGAAGUAGUCUCCAAGCAGAUGGUGAAAUUCAGUGGCAACAUCCACAAGGAGAGCAUCAUUGAUCUGAGAGCGAAGGCCAUAUCUGUGCCCACGAAGAUCGAGUCUUGUACUGAACAAUCCCUGGAGUUGUCUGUUCUUGAGAUUUACGUGGUGUCCGCGGCUAAGGCGCAACUGCCACUGCAGAUUGAGGAUGCUGCUCGUCCGGACAACCCUGACGAUCCGGAAGGUCUUCAUAUUCGUGUGAAUCAAGACACUCGGCUUGACAAUCGCGUGUUAGACUUGAGAACGCCGGCUAACCAAGCCAUUUUUCGGCUGGAGGCGGGCGUUUGCCGUCUCUUCCGUGACAUUCUCACUGCAAAGGGAUUCACGGAGAUUCACACGCCUAAGAUUAUCUCGGCAGCGAGUGAAGGAGGCGCCAAUGUCUUCACUGUGAGCUACUUUAAGGACUCCGCUUAUCUCGCUCAAUCUCCUCAGCUGUAUAAGCAAAUGGCAAUUGCUGCUGACUUUGACAAGGUCUUCACUGUUGGCGCAGUCUUCCGGGCUGAGGAUUCCAAUACACAUCGUCACUUGACUGAAUUUGUGGGCCUCGAUCUUGAGAUGGCAUUCAAGUAUCACUAUCAUGAAGUCAUCGAGACGAUUGGAACUACCUUCACGGCUAUGUUCAAAGGGCUGAGAGAUGAGUAUGCGACCGAGAUCGCGGCUGUUAAUCAGCAGUAUCGAGUGGAACCUUUCCAGUUUCUCGAUCCACCGCUGAAGCUGAACUUUGCCGAAGGAGUGGCGAUGUUGAGAGAAGCUGGCGUGGAAAUGGGCGACGAGGAGGACAUGUCGACGCCCAGUGAGAAGCUCUUGGGUCGUCUGGUGAAGGCAAAAUAUGGCACUGAUUUUUACAUCUUGGACAAGUUCCCUCUGGCCGUGCGGCCCUUCUACACGAUGCCUGAUCCCAAAGACAUUCGGUACUCCAACUCGUACGAUAUGUUCAUGCGAGGAGAGGAAAUCUUGUCUGGCGCUCAGCGAAUUCACGACCCGGAAUUCCUUACAGAGAGGGCGAAGCAUCACAAUAUUGACAUCAGUAAAAUCGCUGCCUACAUCGAGUCCUUCCGCUUCGGAUGUCCUCCUCAUGCGGGCGGCGGCAUAGGGAUGGAGCGGGUCGUGAUGCUGUACUUGGGAUUGGACAACAUCAGGAAGACUUCAAUGUUCCCGCGCGAUCCUAAACGGGUGACUCCCUAAGAGGCACUUCAGGUGACGAGUUUAAUCAACAAUUAAUGCGUCCAUCGAUUUAUUUCCAACCGCUUUUUGCGUGACUUUUGAGCAAAAACUGAGAACCUGGAAAUAAAGUAAUGCGAUCCCUGCAUGAUAAAUUGCUGAA